CUGAUUUUUAGCAAUGGCAUGCGAGUCCUCGUGGCCAGGAUUCAGCCGUUUAGAGUCUGUUCAGGAAAUCCUUGAUCGCAAUAAGCUUCUCAUCAGCGAAAUUAACCAAAAUCACGAGUUGCGGACGCCGGAAUCACUGCUCCGAAACGUUACCCUCAUACGCGAGUUGAACGGAAACAUGGCCACUGUCGUCGAGGCCUACAGACAGCUAGCUCUCCUAAUAGACGCCCCUAGCUCCGGAAGCGCGCUUCCUUCUGGCCAAGCAUAGCAGUUUUCUGGAGGUCUACGUAGCAGCGUCACAAAUUUCGCCAUGCUUGCACGAAUUUUCAGUCAGUCCACAGCUUGGCCACUCGGCCGCGGCUUUGCCUCAAAGGCGGCAGCAUCGGCUCCAGGCCUUAUCGAAAUUCGAGAGUACACUCUUAAGCCGGAGGGCGUAUCCCAAUUCAUGAAGGUUGCCACGGAGUACGCAGAUGUGCGACGAGAGCUGUUGCCCUUCCUGGGCCUCUUCACGUGCGAUGUCGGGUCGUGUCUGCACCGCGUGACGCACCUGUAUGCCUACUCGAGCUUCGAGCAGCGUGAUGAGGUCCGCGCCCAUGCGGCCCAAGAUGCACGAUGGAAGAAGUUUAUUGAGCUGUCCCGGCCGCAUGUGCAGUAUCAGGAGAAUAGGGUCAUGCUGGAGGCACGGCCCAUCUACGAGGCGCUGGAGCUGCCGCCAACGGCCCUCUUCAGCUCACCGCCCACGGCGGGUCCGGCAAAGGUCGUGUAUGAAAUGCGGUCCUACCAGCUGCACCCCGGCUACGGAUCUGUACCAAAACUGGUGGAGGCGUUCAGUGCAGGAGAAGCGUUCAUGCUGGUGGGUUGGGUGGAUGGGCACUACGUCCAGCCUAGGAACUGGAGCACCAAGAAGCCAUGCUGGAAAGCGACUCGGUUGGCGCUAGAGGAGGCGAGGGUCAUAUUGUGUUGCCGCUUCCAUGCCAUGCGUCUCCGCCUGAGCGAGGCGCAAGCUGCCAUCCGCCGCCGCUGUGGUACGGAUGCACCGUCGGCCCUGUACAGGCUGCCCGCGAAGGUGGCGGCUGACCCCGAGGGCCGCCUGGUCUUCUUUGGGUACACGGAUGUGGGUAUGUUGAACAACGUGGUGGAGAUUUGGAGGUACCCCUCGGCACAGGCAUGCAUCAAGUGA